AUGGAAGGCGAAGUGACGCACAAGCGAAAGAGAUCUUACCAAAAUGAGCUAUCCGGGAAAAACAGCGUGAACAAGAAAAUCGUAUUUUUUCAUAUGGUCUAUCUGACGCUCCUUUUUAUGGCAUGCUUUGUAGGAGGAGUGCUGCUAGGAUUCUGGACCACUUCGUAUACUCCCGAGAUAAGUAUAAUCGAAGACGAUGCGAAUAAGUUUCAGUUUCGGUACAUAAAUGAUAAGAUAAUAAUUGGGGCAAAAUUAAACAUAAAAUUAAGGGUUACUAAUAAUACGACACUGUCGUAUAGUCUUUCUGCGGAGAGUUUAAAGUACUUUUACUACCCGGUGGGAGCGAAUCACAGCUGUCUCCUGUACAACGGAGGUACUGACAAGGAGUGAGCCUGGGGGCAAGCUCAGCUAAGCAGACGCCCCUCUCGCGAAAGAGCGAAAUAAGCGUGCCGCCGAACAAGGACGAGAGGACCUUCCCCACGAAGUUAUCCAUCAAAGUAAAAUAUUCGAUGCUCACCCCCUCGAGCGUUAUCCACACUGUACCUUUACACCUGGGUUACGAACUGACAAAAGAGCACAGAGAAGAAAUACAGCCACUAUAUAACGACUGCAAGCGGUUCAAUAGGUUAUACUUUUCGGUUAGACUUGAAGAUCUGUACAUCUCGAACGAGUUUAGGAAAGUACAUAACGAGAAAAAGUAUGAGUUGAUAUUUUCUUCUACAUGUUCCAUUGAUGCAAAUGUGGAUUCCUUCUUCAAUUCUAGGCCUCUUUACAAGCCUGCCAUUUUGGGCAACUUAGCCAAUGACCCCAGUUUACUGGGCUAA